AUGGAAGUAUUGGAGACGCUCGUCCGGAAGCUGAUCCUAGCCGUGGUGUUCCUCUUCCUGCCACCGAGCGCGUUACGCAGGGAUCGCUGCGUGGUGGUGGCGGUGGUGACGGUGGCCGCUGCCUCACCCGUCGUCGACACCGCCGACUGCGAUCUGCUCGGGUGUGGCGGCCCGUACGACUGCUACGGCAAUGGUUGGCCCAACUAUCUGCCCCGGGCGCCCGGCCAACGCUACAACAUCCCGCUGAGCGCCUUCGAGGUGGGAGCCAGAUCGGAGGAGGAUGCCGACGGAGGCGCGCCGCGAGACUGUCUGCUCGGGAACGCCAACAACUAUCUGCCCUGGCUGACGGACGAAGGGCGGCUGACGGUGCGCAAGGGCCACCACGCGCUCGAUCUGUCCAACCUGCGGUUCACCGACCGGGGCGUGCGCGGACUGGUGCAGAGCCUUGCCUCGCUGUAUCCACUUGAAGAAGUACAACAUUUGUCGAUGGCGAACAACGAACUGACCCUGUUGCCCUCGCCUUCGUUGAAAAAGUUUCCCAACGUUCGCCUGCUUUCGUUGCGUGGCAAUCAGUUCACCAACCUGGCCACAGACAGAGAUGUGUUCAACAAGCUGCCCACCUUACCGAUGCUGAGGGUUUUGGAUAUGCGCAACUGCAGCCUGCGCAUGCUUCCGGGGGAUUUCUUCCGGAACGUGUCCGGCCUGCAGUAUCUGUAUCUUGCGAGUAACCGCAUCACGACACUGCCGAUGGAGGUGUUCUAUCCGCUUCGGAGCCUACUGCACCUUGACCUGUCACACAUGGACACGCGACGCGUCGGCGAAGAGCGUAUCGAGAACCCGUUCAUGAAGCUAAUCGCCGGCAUGGAUCUGAACCACAAUCUGUUCCUGCCGCUGGCGAACCUGACGUUCCUCGAUCUGUCCAACACACGGCUCGAGUACCAGGCGUUUAUAGCGCUGCGUUCGGUUCAGCGGCGCGUGAAGUACGUCAGCUAUUGCAACAUCGGCCUACCGGCCAUCGUCGACUACCUGUUUGUGGCGAAGUCCAUCGAAAUGCUGGACAUCUCGAACAACGUCGGGGUGGCGCAGAGCCUGCACCGGGCGAGCUUUUCGCUGCUGAAGGGCAGCCUGGAGGUGCUGUACUUUCGGAACUCGAUGGUGCAGCACCUGAGCUGGCUCGGGCCGCUGGAGAAGCUGCGGGUGCUAAACCUCCGGGGAAACAUUCUGCGCACGCUCGACCGGGCGAACUUCGAGAACUUGACCAACCUGGAGCAGCUCGAUCUGAGCUACAACUACAUUUCGGCCUGGAACCAGCAGCUCCUGACGCACACGGGUGCCUUGAGGAAUGUGAAUCUGCGCAACAACAGCAUCGUCAUCUUGACCUCGGACAUGCUGCACGAUUUUUCGCGCCUUACGAACAUGGGCUUGGGUGGAAACACGAUUCAGUGUUCCUGCAACUAUCUGAAGUUUCUGCAGAACAUCCUCAACAACUCAACCGGGGCCGGUGCGUACACCAUAUCGGCCGAGCCGCUCGUCGUUGAUAAAGAAAGACCGGGUGCUAGCGUCAAGCUGUCGCUGCACAACGUGCAACUGUUCGACUACGACCAUAGCGAGUACUUUUGUAUGAAUUUUACGAGCAAUCAAAAGAUGGACCCACUGCAGCUGCAGGACUGUCUGCUACUGGAAGACGAACUUAUCAACGCGGAUCUACCGGUUCCAGAAGAGGAGGAGACGCAACCGACGAAAAACCAUACCCUGGUGUACGUGCUCGCUAGUGUCGCGGUCAGCUUUCUCAUCGUGUGCACCGUCGGACUGUACUACUACUGGUUCCACAUCAAGUACUUUUUCAAGAUCAUCAAAAAUUCGGCCGUUCUCAGCUUUUUCAACGACGACAACAAGCUGUACCUGGACAAGAGUGGACUGCUGAAGGAGGCUGACUUCCACUACGACGUGUUCGUGAGCUACAGCAAUGCGGAUCGGACGUGGGUGCUCGAUCAGCUGCUGCCGAACAUGGAGGGCGUCAGUCAGAUAAAUCUCUGUUUGCACGAGCGAGAUUUUGAGGUUGGCUACGGCAUUCUGGAGAACAUUAUUUCCUGCAUGGACCGAUCGCGCUGUCUUAUGCUGAUCGUAUCCGAAAGCUUCCUCCUCAGCCACUGGUGCCAGUUUGAGAUGCAUUUAGCUCAGCAUCGGCUGAUGGAGACCCGACGCGAUGAGUUGAUUCUGGUGCUUCUGCAAGAUGUGCCCAGGCGCAAGUGUCCGAAGACGCUUAGUUAUUUGCUAAAAACUAAAACCUACAUAAAAUGGCCGACGGGAUCGGAUGCGGAACAGCUUUUGUUUUGGAAGCGAUUGCAUAAAGCUCUUCUGGCGGCGAAAACGUAG